AUAAGAGUAACACUGUGUAAUCGGAUCAAUGUGGCGAAGCUAAUGUUUGCUCCGACAUUUACAAUAUAUUGAAUAUGGAGUUGUUUCAAGCUUUAAGCUUAUUCAAUCGGCAGAAAUACGAGGCGUGCGCUACGAUAUGCACCGAUUUGUUGAGAAAAAAUCCGCUGGAUCAGGCUGUGUGGGUCUUGAAAAUGCGUGCCUUAACAUUGCAAGUCUACGUAGAUGACAUUGAAGGCGAGGAGGAGGGAAUUGCGGAAACUCUGUUAGACAAUUAUGCGAUAUCAAUGAUGCCAAGGCCAGGGACUUCAUUGAAAAAUCCCGGUACCAGUUACACCGGUCAAGGAGUACGACCUAAAUCUCAAUCCGGUAGACCUGUUACCGGGGUAGUGCGACCCGCCACUCAGGCAGCGAUGUCCCAAUCGAUUGAACAAGCAUUGAAAACACCGAGGACAGCAAUGACUGCCAGGCCGAUUACAGCGAGCUCAGGACGUAGUGUUAGACUUGGUACUGCGUCGAUGCUGACGGAGCCGGGUGGGCCCUUUAUCCAGUUAUCGCGCUUGAAUAUAACUAAAUAUGCUAAUCAACAAAGCAUAGCGAAACCGUUGUUUGAAUACAUAUAUUACCAUGAAAACGAUGCGAGAUAUGCAUUGGACUUGGCUGUUCAGGCGACCCAAGUCUGUCAGUACAAAGACUGGUGGUGGAAGGUUCAGUUGGGAAAGUGUUAUUAUACUUUGGGACUAGUGAGAGAUGCAGAACAACAAUUCAAGUCGGCAUUAAAAAAUCAUAAAAAUAUCGAAACUAUUUUACGAUUGAUCAGAGUCUACGUCAGGCUCGAUCAGCCCUUGACUGCGCUAGACACGUGUAAGAGAGGCCUCGAGUAUUUCGCGAAUGAUGUUACAAUUCUGACAGAGAUGAGUCGUAUAUUCGAGGGCCUGAAUAAUACAACAAUGUCCAUGAAAUAUUACAAGAUAAUUGCGCAGGAAGAUGCUUCUCACACUGAAGCGAUUGCCAGUAUAGGCAUGCAUCACUUUUAUAAUGAUCAGCCGGAGCUAGCUUUACGUUAUUACAGACGUCUCCUGCAGAUGGGUGUACACAAUGCCGAGUUGUUCAAUAAUCUUGGACUCUGCUGCUUUUAUGCUCAGCAAUACGAUCAUACUAUAUCCUGCUUUGAGAGAGCAUUGAAUCUUGCAACCGAUGAAAAUUUAGCCGAUGUGUGGUAUAACAUUUCUCACAUUGCCAUUACGUUGGGCGAUAUAAUAAUGGCCGAGGAAUGCUUGAGGCUGGCCAUUGCGAGCGAUAAUAGACAUGCUUUGGCCUAUAACAAUCUUGGCGUAAUAGAAAUGCGUAAUGGGAAUGUUACCGCGGCGCGAACCUAUUUCCACGCGGCAGCCAACAUCGCUAGCUACGUAUACGAAGCACAUUUUAACAGCGCAUAUUUAGCUUACGAGGUUGGAGAUCUACAGACAAGUUAUAUCGCAGUACAAAAGUCGUUGCUCGCCUAUCCUGGACACUACGAUAGUAAAACUCUUUUGCAGAAAUUGCAAAGAUACUUCUCGCAUAUAUGAGAUGAACAACGAAAAAGAUGUUUCUUAUUUUACACUAGAUUGUUUUAUUUAAUAUUGUAUAUAAUAUAAUGAUUUUUAAACAUAAUUCCCUAUAUAUACAUAA